AAGGUAAAAGGAGCCGAUUUUAAAAUUGGUAUUCCCCUUAUUUGGAGCGAAAUGUCGAAAUCACCCCUGCCCCUUUCUAAUUCCUGCGUCUCGUCGAUUUCUGAUUUCGUUAACUUCGAAAAGUUUCUCUUUUUCUACCUAAAGAAAAGGUCUGCAUUUGUCAUCUUCAAUUCUUCAUUACCUCAUCCAAUUGAACUCAUUGAAGAAGAAGAAGAGGAAGAGGCGAAGAGCCUGCGACUCUGCGAGAGGUAACAUGGCGAGUCACUCCGAUUCUCCGUCUAACUCAGUCGACAACAAACUUCAAUCCGCAGCUUCAGAGUCUGUACAACAAUCUGCCGAGGGACUUCAAAGUUCAAAUCUGGAAGCUGCAAAGGAGAAAUAUUCACCAUCCGUAUUUGUAAAUUCAGAACCAAUUCGUGAGGAUCAAGUACAGAAUGCUGUGAAGUUUCUAGCACAUCCAAAAGUUAAGGGUUCUCCAGUCAUGUAUAGGCGUUCUUUUCUCGAGAGAAAGGGCCUCACAAAGGAGGAAAUUGAUGAAGCUUUUCGACGGGUUCCUGAUCCUGCCCCGGCAGUUUCAAGUUCAGAAACAGCUUUUGCAAAUCAAGGUCAAGAUGGGCAGUUGAAAACUUCAUCAAAUUUUCAACCACAGGCCUUGGUUCCAAGUACACAGACAGGACCAGCUUCUGUUGGUAGCUUGGCGAAAGUGGGAUACCUUUCUCAGUUCCAUUGGAGUCAUGUCGUGCUUGCUGUUGGAUUUCUGGGGGCUACAGGAUCUGUCACUGCAGUCUUUUUCAAGAAAUCUAUAAUUCCUCGGUUGAAGUCUUGGAUUCGCAAGGCUGUAUUGGAAGAAGAAGAAACAGAAGAGGGUGCUGUGAAGGGGCAGAGAUUAAAACCGAGUUUGGCUGAAGAAACUGCUAUUGCAGCAAAAGCAGCGGCAGCUGCGGCUGCUGAUGUAGCUCGUGCAAGCCAAGAAAUGGUGGCCUCAAAAUCAGAAGAGAAGAAGUACUUCAUGGAACUUACCGAUCUGUUGAGUCAUCAGGUGCGGGAGAUGAAAUUAUUGACCAGUGCAAUACAGAAGUUGGAAGGACCAAGUAAUAUUUCUCAAACAUACGUUUCUUCUGGAAACCCCCCUUUUUCGGACCAGGAUCGUCGCAAAGUUUCACAAUCUAAUUCUCAGCAAUUCUAUGGAAAUGGCAAAUUGGAUACUGAUGCACGCUCAGGUUCUAUUUUGAACAACACAGCAAGACCUUUGUCACCACCCACAUAUAUGGGACCAUCUGGACCUCAAUAUCCUUCUCCUUACAUGGAGUUAUUGGAAUCUGUUAAGAGAGGGGAGAGACCUUCCAACAUGAGGGAUAUAAACGACCAACCGCCAAAUCCUCAUCAGCCCUUGCCAGAACCAACAACAACAAAGCCUAAGCCAUGGGAAGUCGGUCAAACUCAAAUCUGGAACGGUUCAAGCGGGUUGAUUCAAUCUCAGAAAGGGGGUGACAAUCUCUCGAGCUCUUCCAAUGGAGGUGGUGGUUCAAGAAUCCCAUGGCGGCCACAGACACCUGCCAAGAUUACCGAGAUCGAACCCGAAUAUGAACCAGACUUUGGUUCUUCUGGUAUUCCAACCAACAACAGUGCCCCUCCUCCUCGUUCGUGGGUCCCUCCCCAGCCACCUCCUGUCUCCAUGGCUGAAGCAGCAGCAGCGAUCCGACAACCUAAGAAGUCUCUGUUACAAAAAGACCCAACGGUCGAUGACCAGUCACAGGGGGGCGUGUCUGGUGUUUCUGAAGACUUGCAGAUGAUUACAAAGAUCUCUGAAUCAGGCGGCGGCGGCAUUCCAGAGGGCAAUGGGGAUUUGGCUUCGGGUGAUAGCAUGGCGCCGUAAUCAGAAGCUGGGACAACCUUGGAAUGAAGUGGAAGUCAUAUUGUUUGAAUGAAUGAGAAGAUUAAAUCGGGACGGAGAAAAAAAGAAACUUAAAAGUACAGGCACACUAUGUAGCAAGAUAUAGUGACAAGAUCCAAAUAUCCACUCAUAAAUGAGAUAGAGUUUUUCUUUAAUAAGCUUGAAAAAUAAGCUUUUUAAGACCUA